GCUCUAUCCUCGGGCCCACGCGCGGUCUGAGGAAGGAGGAGACGUAGUCCUGCGCUCAGGAGUCCCCAGACUAUGGGGAGAUGCAGCCGUCACCGUCAGGGGUCUUUUAUAAUCCAUGGGAAAAUUAAUCUGGAGACGUGUUGAAUUGGCCUGGAGUGAGACAGGAAACAGGGAAGUCAGUUGACCUCCGUUGUGACAGCCCCAAGAAAAGGCAGUGAGAGCCCCACUAAGACGACCAAAGGAGUUCCUGAUAGCUAAAAGUAGAACUAUGAGCUCCCCUUUGGCCUCCCUUGGCAAGACCCGAAGAGUUCCCCUGGAGUCAGAGCCUGUGAAUCCAGGGAGGCGAGGGAUAAAAAUCUACGGAGAUGAAGAUGAGGUGAACAUGCUGAAUGAUGGACAUGGCUCAGAAGAAAGGAUCUCUGUCCCUUCCUGCUAUGGAGGUAUAGGUGCUCCUGUCAGUAGGCAAGUCUCUGCUGUCCAUGACUCGGAGCUGGUGGCCACCCUGUCGAGAAAGCUGAGGGACCUGGAGCAGCAAGUGAAAACUCAGACUGAAGAGCUGGUGUCCAAGGACCGGAAGAUACGGGCCCUGGAGGAAGUGUUGAAGACCCUCCAGGAGCGCCAGGGCAAGGCGUCCCUGCAGCGGCAGCAGCAGCUGGAGACCAUGUGCUUGCAGCUGCAGCGGCAGGUCGGGGAGAUGGAGCGGUUCCUCAGUGACUACGGGCUGCUGUGGGUGGGCGAGCCAGCUAACGAAGACAACGAGGACUCAGAAGACAAGUCAGACUCAGAGGAUGACAACAGGGACUGGAUGACAGCCAAGAAGUUCUGGAAACCAGGGGACUCACUGGCGCCCCCCGAGGUGGACUUUGACAGGCUCCUGGCCAGCCUGAAGGAUCUCAGUGAGCUGGUGGUAGACAGUGACACCCAGGUGACACCAAUGCCCCAUGGAGCACGGCUCCAUGUCCUUGAGCCCAUCCCACUGAAGCUCUAUCGGAAUGGCCUCAUGAUGUUCGAUGGGCCCUUCCGGCCCUUCCAUGACCCCUCCACACAGCGCUGCCUUCGAGACAUUCUGGAUGGCUUCUUCCCCUCAGAGCUCCAGCGGCUGUACCCUGAUGGGGUCCCCUUCAAGCAAGGGCACACGAGGGAGUGUGUGCCGCCGCCACCCGGGCUUGGAAAACCGUGUGAGUCAUGCCUGGAGGUGUUUGAGGCAGUCAGUGAUCUGCGCAAUCAGGUCUACCCAGAGAGUGGGCUGGACCUGUUCCCAGGUGAGGGCCGCGUGGUGGGCUGGCAGAGGAUUCACAGGCCCAUGGACAGGACAGAGUACCCAGGCUCCAGGAUGACUGUUGAGAAGUUUCUGAACAGGCUCCCCAAAUUUGUGAUCCGGCAAGGUGAGGUGAUUGACAUCCGGGGACCCAUCCGGGACACCCUGCAGAGCUGCUGCCCAUUGCCUGCCCGGGUCCAGGAGAUCGUGGUGGAGACACCAGCCCUGGCUGCUGAGCGUGAGAGGAGCCAGGAGUCCCCGGAGUCACUGCCGCCCCUGCUCUCCAUGCUGCGCAUCAAGUCUGAGAACGGCGAGCAGGCUUUCCUGCUGAUGAUGCGGCCUGAGGACACUAUUGGUGAUGUGCGCACCCUGCUUGCACAGGCCAGGGCCGUGGAUGCCACGACCUUCGAGAUCAUCAGUACAUUCCCACCCACGGUCUACCACGACGACACGGUCACACUGCAGGCCGCGGGCCUGGUGCCCAAUGCAGCGCUGCUGCUUCGGGCGCGCCGGAGGCCACCGCCUGCCCCAGGCCCUAGUCACUGAUCAGAAUAAAGCGCCCGCUCCCACACUGG